GGUCUGAUCUUUGUGGUCGACAGUAACGACAGAGAGAGAGUAACAGAGUCAGCGGAGGAGCUCACUAAGAUGAUCCAGGAGGACGAGCUGAGGGAGGCGGUUCUUCUGGUGUUUGCUAACAAACAGGAUCUUCCAAAUGCCAUGGGCGUCAGUGAGCUCACCGACAAACUGGGUCUGCACAGCAUGCGCAACAGAACUGUAAGGAUCAAUACACCUAUCAAUACAUAAACCUGUAAUCAGAACUUAUCAAUACAUACAUCUGUCAUCAAUACUUAUCACUACAAACAUCUGUCAUCAAUACACCUAUCACCACCAACAUCUGUCAUCAAUACACCUAUCACCACCAACAUCUGUC